AUGGACAUCACGGUGCGCGUCGAAGUCCAGUACCAUGCGCCGGCGAAUGCCGUCACGCGCGAUGUUCUCGAGAUGUUCCGCUCCACGACUUGGGUGCGCUUCAUGAUGCGUUAUGUCUCGCCGCGUCUCAAGACCUCGUCGCCCGCGGACCAGGCCAUUCUUGACCAGCUUGAGAGCCAAGAGGCCGCUGAGGUGCACGAGGGCGAGGAGUGCGUGAUCUGCAUGAGCGAGAACCCAUGCGACGGCCACGUAGCUCUUCCCUGCGGCCACUCAUUUCACUACCCGUGCAUCUCGUCGUGGCUGCAGAACCAGAGCACAUGCCCCGUGUGCCGCUUCCAGUUCCCCAAGGCCUUCACGGGCAAGUACGCGGUGCAAAAGCUCAAGUCGUCCAUGGUGCUGUCGGAGGAGCAGGGCAAGAUGCCUCGCGCGGAGUUGCUGGCGCUAGACAUCGGCAAGCAAGUUGUGCGCGCUGUCGUAAGCGUCACACUUGUCAAAGUCGCGGCUGGGGGAGACGACGAGGAGUUCCCAUGCGAGCUGAGUGCGUGGAUGCUCGACCCCUCGACUGGACAAACCUUUUCCGAACUGGAUUGUGUAUGAUGCGCCGUCCAUCAGCAGCAGUUAGACAGAGGCACACUAUCAUCAAGCCUAGGAGCAGGACGACGACAUCCACUGCUCGACUCAUUCCCCCUCGCUGCGAAAGGAGGGACAACAUAGGUAUUUAUCAGAGACAAAGGAAGCGAAAAUUGAACAAAUGUAACACAAUUGUAUCAC